GCACAUUACUCGAUUGGGUUUUCACGAGCAUUUGCCUAUCUCCGUGGCAGUAGUUUAUUCCUGCGUUUGAGAGAAACGCCAUUACCAUCCGUCCGUUGUCCAGAAUGUCUGCCAUUGAGAAUUCCAGCAUCGUUGGUGGUCAUGAGACUGCGAGGUCAAGAUUGACAAAGCCCUUGGUCUACUCAGGCUCGCUGGACAGCUUCAAGCAUGAAGACUCUACUCCGGUUAUCGGCAGAGAAUAUGAAGGCCUCCAAGUGAGGGACCUGUUGAAAUGGGGUGACGAGAUGAUCCGGGAUCUGGCCAUCACCAUCUCACAGCGUGGCGUCGUCUUCCUCCGCGACCAGGAUGUAACACCAAACGAGAUGAAGGAUCUCAUGCUCCGCAUCACAGAACUCUCCGGCUGUCCAAAAUCAUCCGAUCUGCACGUCCACCCUUUGACCGAAGAAGGUUCAGAGCUAGGCGACCAGAUCUCUGUCAUCAGCAGCGAGAAGCAGAAGAAGGGCGGAGGCCUCACACACCAGCUGGCAGACGUCAGCCGCUUUGCCUCUGCAGGAUGGCACACUGAUAUCUCAUUCGAGCCCGUCCCCUCAGACUACGCCAUGCUCAAGAUUCACACCCUCCCCGCAACAGGCGGCGACACGCUGUGGGCAUCUGGAUACGAGGUCUACGACCGCCUCUCGCCCGCCGUCCGCACAAUGCUCGAGGGCCUGACCGCGACCCACGACGCAAAGUUCUUCCUCGAAGAAGCCGCUAGACUGGGCAACCCCAUCCGCAAGACCGUCCGCGGCAACGCACUGAACCAGGGCGAGGGCCUGACAGCCGUCCACCCCGUGAUCCGCACAAACCCCGUCACGGGCUGGAAAUCCGUCUACGUCAACAAGGGCUUCACAAAGCGCAUCAACGGCGUGACCAAAGACGAGUCGGACAUGCUGCUCGGCUACAUCUUCAACCUGCUCACGCAGAACCACGACGCGCAGGUGCGCUUCAAGUGGCGCCCCAACGACCUCGCCAUCUGGGACAACCGGAGCAUGUGGCACUGCGCGACGUACGACUACAGCGAGGCGCGCGCGGGCGACCGCGUGUGCAGUCUGGGCGAGGCGCCGUACCUGGAUCUCAACAGCAAGAGCCGCAAGGAGGAUCUCGAGGCGCGGGAGAACGUGCAGGCCGGGCUGAUCAUGGCUUGAAACAAAAGUAGCAACGUGGGGGCCGUCUGAGAUAUGAACAUCAGACGGGAUUCGGGAUAGUC